UCCUUAUAGGAAUCAGUGUCAUUCAGGGAUGUGACUAUAGAUUUCAGCAGAGAGGAAUGGCAGCACCUGGACCCUGCUCAGAGAAACCUCUACCGGGAUGUGAUGCAAGAGACCUACAGACACCUGCUCUCAGUAGGGUACCAAGUUCCCAAGCCAGAGGUUUUCAUGCCAGAACAAGAAAAGGAGCCAUGGGCAUUGCAGGGUGAGAGCCUACGUCAGAGCUGUCCAGAGUUGCGACAUAUUGGUUACCAGAAAGAGAUCUACCAGCACACAGAAGAUAAACCAUUAAGUAACAUUGCUUUCAUCAAGAAUAGCUUGAGUACAAGGAGUCAUUAUGAGUAUAAAGACAUUAGAAAAAUAAUUCCUGUGUACCCAAAGAUUAUUCCUCCUCCCCAAAGAUCCCACCAAUGUAAUUCAUUUGGGAAUGGCUUGAAAUACAAGUUAGACUUACAAAGUCAUAUUAGGAAUAAUGCAUCAGAGAGCAUUAAGAAGAUUGCUGAAUGUGGUAAAAUUUCUUCCUACAGUCUAACAGGAGAGAAAUUGUGGGAUCAUAAUCAACGUGGAAAAUUCCUCAGCCAUAAACAAGUACCUUAUCAAUAUCAGAAAAUUCAUACUGGGGAGAAAUCCUAUGACUUUGCUGAAUUUGGAAAGAUCUUCACUCAGAAGUCACAGGUCAAGGUACAUCUGAACAUUCAUACAGGAGAAAAGCUCUAUGUAUGUGUUGAAUGUGGGAAGGCUUUUGUACAGAAGCUAGAAUUCAUUACACAUCAAAAAACUCACACUAGAGAGAAGCCCUAUAAAUGCAACGAUUGUGGAAAGUCCUUUUUCCAAGUAUCUUCUCUUUUUAGACAUCAGCGAAUUCACACUGGAGAAAAACUCUAUGAAUGCAGUGAAUGUGGUAAAGGUUUCUCCUAUAACUCUGAUCUCAGUAUACAUCAGAAAAUUCAUACGGGAGAGAGACACCAUGAAUGCAGUGACUGUGGCAAAGCAUUCACACAAAAGUCCACACUCAAGAUGCACCAGAAAAUUCAUACGGGUGAGAGAUCCUACGUAUGUAUUGAAUGUGGACAGGCCUUCAUCCAGAAGACACACUUGGUAGCACACCGAAGAAUUCACACUGGAGAAAAGCCAUACAAAUGCAAUAACUGUGGGAAAUCCUUUAUUUCCAAAUCUCAACUCCAGGUACAUCAACGAAUUCAUACAAGAGUGAGGCCCUAUAUAUGUACUGAAUAUGGGAAGGUAUUCAGUAAUGCUUCCAACCUCAGUACACACAAGAAAGUUCAGAUUAGAGAGAAAUCUUCCAUAUGUACUGAAUGUGGAAAGGCCUUUACCUACAGGUCAGAGUUAAUUAUACAUCAGAGAAUUCACACUGGAGAGAAACCUUAUGAGUGCAGUGACUGUGGAAAAGCCUUCACUCAGAAGUCAGCACUCACAGUGCACCAGAGGAUCCAUACAGGAGAAAAAUCAUAUGUGUGUGUAAAGUGUGGGCUAGCCUUCAUCCAAAAGGCACACUUGAUUGCACAUCAAAUAAUUCAUACUGGAGAGAAACCUUAUAAAUGUGCUCACUGUGGAAAAUUUUUUACCUCCAAGUCACAACUCCAUGUGCAUAAACGAAUUCACACAGGAGAAAAGCCCUAUAUUUGCAAUAAAUGUGGGAAGGCAUUUACCAACAGAUCAAAUCUCAUCACACAUCAGAAAACUCAUACAGGAGAAAAAUCCUAUAUAUGCUCUAAAUGUGGAAAGGCCUUCACUCAGAGGUCAGACUUGAUUACACAUCAGAGAAUUCAUACUGGAGAGAAACCUUACAAAUGCAGUAUCUGUGGGAAAGCCUUCACCCAGAAGUCACACCUCAAUAUACACCAGAAAAUUCAUACUGGAGAGAGACAGUAUGAAUGUCAUGAAUGUGGGAAAGCCUUCAACCAGAAAUCAAUACUCAUUGUACAUCAGAAAAUUCAUACAGGAGAAAAACCCUAUGUAUGCACUGACUGUGGAAGAGCCUUCAUCCGAAAGUCAAAUUUCAUUACACAUCAAAGAAUUCAUACUGGAGAGAAACCUUACGAAUGCAGUGAUUGUGGGAAAUCCUUUACCUCCAAGUCUCAGCUCCUAGUACAUCAGCCAAUUCACACAGGUGAGAAACCCUAUGUGUGUGCGGAGUGUGGAAAGGCUUUCAGUGGCAGGUCAAACCUCAGUAAACACCAAAAAACUCAUACUGGAGAGAAGCCUUACAUCUGUUCUGAGUGUGGGAAGACCUUCAGACAAAAGUCAGAGUUGAUAACACAUCAUAGAAUUCACACUGGGGAGAAGCCUUAUGAAUGCAGGGAUUGUGGGAAAUCUUUCACGAAGAAAUCACAGCUCCAAGUGCAUCAGCGAAUUCAUACAGGAGAGAAGCCUUAUGUGUGUGCUGAGUGUGGGAAGGCCUUCACUGACAGAUCAAAUUUGAAUAAGCACCAAACAACACACACUGGAGACAAACCCUAUAAGUGUGCAGUCUGUGGGAAAGGCUUUGUUCAGAAAUCAGUGCUCAGUGUGCAUCAGAGCAUUCACACUUAAAAGCAACAGUGUGAGGAAAUACUGAGGACAUGUCUCAUUGUGAAUUAUUGAAUCCACACAACAGCACAAUAUGUAUAGUCUUGUAAGUAGAAAUGCCCACAUCAGAAUGUCACACAUUACUGUUCAGAAGAGGAUCUCUGAAAAGACACAAGUGGGGUGGGGACUUUUUACAUUGUCAUCAGCAUCAAUAACCCCUGGGGGCAUACAUGCUGAGAAGAAACUGAGUCAAUUUGAUGCAUUAGAAGAAGGCUUUUUGUGAAAAAUACGAUGGAAUGCUGUUACUAAAUUCAUCAUAGGAAAGGUUAAGUCAUGUUAAUGAGAACCCUGUUGGUGUAAUAGAUACAGUACCAGCAAACUGAAUGGUAGAACUACAUUAUAUGAGCAAUAGU